AUGGCAGCUCCUACACAGCUUGCUUUUCGGACGGUCAAAGGGAUUGGCAUCUUUGAUGCGGACCCUGUUUAUGAGCCUUUGUCGGGGUUUGGGAGACCUGAGGGGAACCUCCGUUGCAGUGCUUAUUCUCCUUGCGGCCGGUAUUUUGCAUGGGCAUCUCCAGAUAAGGUUACCAUCAUUGACCCUUCCGUUGGUCAUGUCAUCACGAAUAUCCCUGCCGAAAACGUUUUCGAAUUGGCGUUCUCGCCGCUCGGAACCUACCUGAUCACCUGGCAGCGCCCGUCGAAGGAUGAAAAUGGUGAUGCUGUCAAGAACCUAAAGGUUUGGACGGUGGUGGAGACCUCCCCGGACAGCAAUGGAGACGAGCACACGGUCGUGGGCAGUUACGUUCAGAAGUCGCAGACAGGCUGGAACCUUCAAUAUACAUCUGACGAGCGAUUCUGCGCUCGAGUCGUUACCAACGAAGUCCAAUUCUACCAGAGCGAGAAUCUGUCCAAGGUUUGGAACAAGCUGCGUGUGGAAGGGGUGACGGACUUUGCACUCUCGCCUGGAAAGAACCAUGCGCUCGCAGUUUUUAUUCCUGAACGUAAGGGACAACCAGCCGCAGUCAAAGUCUUCAUGGUGCCUCAAUUCGGAGCGCCGGUCUCGCAGAAGACCUUCUUCAAGGGCGACAAGGUCCAAUUGAAAUGGAAUGCCUCGGGUAAUACUUUGCUUGUGCUUGCUCAGACUGAUGUCGACCGGUCGGGCAAAAGUUAUUAUGGCGAGACCACUCUCUACCUGCUGGGCGCCAGUGGAGGAUUCGAUUCUCGGGUGGAUUUGGAUAAGGAGGGCCCGAUUCAUGAUGUGACUUGGAAUCCUAAUUCGAAAGAAUUCGGUGUUGUGUACGGUUAUAUGCCAGCCAAAACUACCAUUUUCAACUUCCGUGGCAUUCCCCAGCACAGCUUCCCUCUGGCGCCUCGGAAUACUAUUGUAUUCUCUCCUCAUGGACGAUUUGUCCUGGUGGCCGGAUUUGGAAACUUGGCGGGCCAAAUGGAUCUCUACGACCUGGACAGGAACUACCACAAAAUCGCUACCGUGGAGGCGUCGAAUGCCAGCGUUUGCGAAUGGUCGCCUGAUGGAAAGUUCAUCCUGACUGCCACUACGAGCCCCCGGCUGAGGGUGGACAACGGCAUUCGCCUCUGGCACGUUAGCGGAGCCUUGAUGUACAAUGAAGAUAUGACCGAGCUCUAUGACGUGUGCUGGAGACCGCAGUCGACCAUCCAGCACCCUCUGGGCGAUCCGUUCAACCCACUCCCAGCCCCUCACUCCUCGGCUGCUGCGUACCUCAGUACCAGGAAAGCCCCUGUGAAACCGGCGGGCGCAUAUCGCCCACCCGGAGCUCGUGGUCAAGUCACGCCAUUGGCAUUCAAACGGGAAGAUCAAGGCGGUGCAGCCUUUAUUCGAGACGGUUCGAGCGGCAGUUCCUUGAACGGGUUUGGAAAACCACGGAGACGUGAAGUGCCUGGUGCCGAGGAGUUCCUUCCUCCAGGAGCCGCUCCUGGCGGAGGAGUUGCUCUUCCCCCUGGCGCGGAACAUCCGGAGAAACUUUCCAAGUCAGCCGCGAGGAACAAGAAGAAGCGCGAGGCGAAAAAGGGCAAGGAUGGUCCAGGAGAGGACAGAGAAGCGGCGCCGGCGGCACACAGCCCGGAUCGUCGCGGGGACAAGGGCCACGAGCGCAACCGGUCCAAAGCCCACAGCACAGAACAGAAAAACGGCAACGCAAGUAAUGGCGCACCGCCGUCGGCCAAGCCGACUCCUGCCGACUUGACUGAAGGUACACCCACCACACAGGAAAAGAAGGUCCGUGGGCUUCUGAAGAAGAUCCGAGCGAUCGACGAGCUGAAAAUGCGACUUGCAAGCGGCGAGAAGCUGGAAGAUACGCAGAUGAAGAAGAUCCAGACCGAGGAUGCGGUGCGCAAGGAGUUGGAUUCCCUUGGAUAUAGUGGAUAA